AUGGCACCGAAAAAAGAAGAAACUGCUGAAAACGCUCUCGCUCGAGCACGUGUCAAACGCGACAACGUUUUAAACUCCAUCAAAGGUAUUCACGUCACAGCUUUAGCCGCACGCUCUGAUGCCGAUCGAGUGCCGUCGUUAAUUAUUCACGCCGAAGAUUUAAAUCAAUAUGUCGAACAAUUUCAACGUCAACAAGACGUUAUAAUUAACGCGUUAAUCGAUCUUGACCGUGUGGCCGAGUUUGAUCAGGAUGAUCGUCCAAUGAUCGCAUCUAUGGAGACUAUGCGUCUCGAAAUUAAAACUGUCGUCGCGAGUGUGUCCGAAAUAAAAUCGUCGUCUUCGUCGUCUAUCGCGUCCGCGCCUCAACAAUUCGUUCCGUUACCAAAAAUUCAGCUGCCCAGCUUCGACGGUAAUCUAUUGGAGUGGCGAUCGUUCCGCGAUAUUUACGUUUCUCUCGUACAUGACAACACCGGCAUUGGCGAUGCCGAACGGUUUCACUAUCUAAUGUCGUGUUUAUCGGGCGACGCUCUCGCUGUUGUCAAAUCAAUUCCGUUAUCCGCGAAUAAUUAUGUCCUCGCUUGGGAAGCAUUGUCCGUUCGGUUUGAUAAUAAGCGCCUGCUAGCGUCGGCACACUUAGAUAAGUUAUUUGCAUUCAAACCUAUUGCACAUCAGUCGCUACCAGCCUUGACGUCGUUUAUCAACACGUUCAAAGAAAAUGUAGUCAUAAUUAAAGCGCUCGGUGUCAACGACCUGUCAAGCUUUUUAUUAUUUCACAUGGGAUCCCGAGUUCUCGAUCCGACGACGAUUCAAUUAUUCGAAUCCAACGCGUCGAAUUCGACAAUUCCGACGUUCGACGAGCUACUCAGUUUUGUACAACAACGCUGUCGAGUAUUAGAGAACAUAAAAAAUUCCAGUAAAUCUGAUAUUUCAACGAAACCACACGAAAAAUAUAAUACGCGUAAUAAAACUGUUAUAUCGAAAAAAUCAGUGUUUGCCGCCACCACAUCUACAUCGGUCAAGUCUAAGUCACGAGGUUGUUUGUCAUGCGAUAAGGCUGACCAUAGUAUUUACCGUUGUCCAAAGUUCAACGAUAUGACAGUUGAAAGGCGCCGCGAAUUCGUAGCGGCUAGAAAAUUAUGUUUUUCAUGUAUGAGUCAGUCUCAUAUGCUCAACGCGUGUUCAUCAACAGGGGUGUGCCGCUCGUGCAGUAGUAAGCGUCACCACUCCUUGCUACAUCUUAAUACCGAUCAGUCAUCGGCCGUGAACAAAACUAAUCAGAGUACCAGCUCAGGUCCUAGUUCAGGUCCCUCCGCCGACAAGUCAAGUUCCUUUUCAGGUGCAGCAUGCACCAACUCCACGGUCGUCCUCGGUACGGCCAUAGUUCACAUCAAGGACGCCUGGGACCAAAUUCAUUCCGUUCGAGUACUUCUCGACAGUGGGUCUCAAAUUUCGGCCAUCUCAAGCGACUGCUUCGCUCGGUUAGGACUAUCGAAACGCCGUUUUAAAUCCGACGUCGUAGGUCUCGCGCAAAGUCCAGUGAACCACGUGCAAGGUGUCACCAGGUGUCAAUUUUCGUCGCGUUUUAAAUCUGAUUUGUUCCCGUCUGUUGAACUAGUUAUUCUAAAACAAAUUACCGGCGUCAUGCCAUCCACACGGUUGCCGACAACCGUGCGUCAACAAUAUCGACACCUCCGUCUCGCGGACGAGAACUUCGAUAUUCCGUCGUGCAUCGACGUUUUAUUCGGCGCCGAUAUUUUACCUAGUCUUAUCCGCUCUCACGCGGGUGUGGAGCACCACUCGGGUUUACCAUCGGCCCUCGACACCCAGCUCGGAUGGAUAAUUUUUGGUUCGUUUUCUACUCCGAGCAAGUCACCCCCAGUCACGCUGACCACCGCGAUCGCUCCGCCGUCAAUUGGAGAUCUAUUACAACAAUUUUGGUUGGUCGAAGAACCCACCGCACCUACGUCACCCACCACGGAAGAUCAGUGGUGUGAAGAAUAUUUUACCAAAUCUACUUCGCGGGAUUCCACCGGUCGAUUCUGUGUCGCUCUACCAUUUCGUCAUUUGUUUGCGAGCACAGCUCAACAACAAGACACACCGCGUCACGGUCUCGGCGACUCGCGCUCCAUCGCGUUGAAACGGUUUUAUAACCUAGAAAAACGGUUGGCUAAGGACUCCGAAUUGUAUGCUGCUUAUCGUAAAUUCAUGUCCACCUACCAAACACUAGGACACAUGGUACCGGCUCCGGAACCCGGUAAAUAUUUUAUUCCGCACCACGCCGUGCUCAAGGCUGACGGUGACAUGUCCAAAAUUCGCGUCGUGUUCGAUGCUUCGUCCGCCUCGUCCUCCGGUCGCUCAUUAAACGAUGUAUUGUGCACCGGACCCAAACUUCAAAUUGAUUUACGCGACAUUUUACUUCGUUGCCGUAUGCACAGGUACAUUUUGUCCGCCGACAUCGUCAAAAUGUAUCGGCAAAUUUUAAUCCGUCAAAAAGACCGGACUUUUCAACAUAUAUUCUGGCGCGAUUCACCCACUGACGACCUCGUCGAAUUCCAAUUGUGUACUGUAACGUACGGUCUCAACUGCGCGCCGUAUCUCGCCAUUCGCUGUCUCCACGAACUUGACCGGCAAGACGGUCAUCGUUUUCCACUUGCUAAAGACGUCCUUACUAGAGCUGCUUAUGUCGACGACAUCGUUAUCGGAGCUGACACCCAAGAGCUCUUACUACGUCGGAAGGAAGACGUUGUCGGUCUACUACGCAACGGUGCCUGUAUGUUGAGCAAGUGGACUAGCAACAGUACCACCGUUCUCGAGUCCGUUUCUCCCGAUGACCGUGUACUCUCUAUAUCGUUCGAUCCGCGCGAAGAACACGCCGUAAAGGUCCUAGGCCUGCAUUGGGACACGAAAACCGACAAGUUUGCCUAUCAUACCCGGCUUGAUCAAAUUUCUUUGACGAAACGUCAGGUGUUGUCCGUCAUUGCGCGCUUGUUCGACCCUAUUGGCGCCCUGGGCCCUAUGCUGUUGUGGGCAAAAUAUUUUAUGCAACUAUUAUGGUGCAACAAACUCGGAUGGGACGACCUGAUGUCCCCCGAACUGCAAUCUAUGUGGCAACAAUUUUGCACUGAGCUUCCGCUCGUAUUCGACCUGAACCUCCCACGUCACAUCGACGUCAUCUGUCAUCAGGACAUUCAACUAUUGGGCUUCGCGGACGCAUCGAUAAAAGGGUAUGCGGCCGUCGUGUAUCUACGUCUCGUCAACACCGCCGGUGACAUCUCCGUUAAAUUCAUCACUUGUAAAACCAAGGUCGCCCCUCUGAAGAGUGCCGCCGUCGACGAGUCGCUUUCCAUACCUCGCUUGGAAUUAUGCGGGGCCCUGCUGUUGGCCCAGACACUUCAUCACGUGCAAUCUGUGCUGUCCACCGAAGUGUCUAUAUCUCGUCUGCGUGCGUGGUCGGAUUCGUCAGUUGUUUUAUCGUGGUUGACCACAGACCAAAAACAAUUCAAAAUUUUUGUGACCAAUCGGGUCGCCAAAAUACGUCAGCUACUACCGGAUUGCGUAUGGAGCUACGUAUCAACGCUCGACAAUCCCGCGGAUCCCGCCUCUCGUGGACUCAUGCCGAAAUUAAUGUUGUCCUCGUCUAUUUAUUGGGACGGUCCGGAGUUCCUACGAAUUCCUGAAGACCAAUGGCCACCGUCUAGAUUUAUUCCGCUCGCUCCGGAGCAGCUGCCGGACACUCGGCCUAACGUCGUCGCAACGUUGGCCGUCAACGUCCAUCCGUCUUCGUUGGAUUUCAUCGGUAAAUUUUCGUCGCUCGAAAAAAUGUUACGAGUAUUGUCUUACGUUUCUCGUUUUUUAUCUCAUCGUCUACGACGGCAACCGAUCCGUGUCGGUCCUAUCACGUUUUCCGAGCGAGAAAGGUCCUUGUCGAUUGCCGUACAGCGGACACAACAGUAUUACUUUUCGGAUCUGGUUAAAACGUUAAAAAAUAAGUCUACGAUCACCCCCCCAUCUUUGGCACAAUUAGCACCAUAUAUCGACGACAACAACAUUGUACGAGUGGGAGGUCGCCUGCGUUUUUCCGACGCCAGCUACGACGCGAAGCAUCCGAUUCUGUUACCGCGAUCCUCGCACCUCACCGACCUGGUCAUUCGACACUACCACUUGUCCUUUCUGCACGGCGGAUCAAAGUUGGUACUAUCAAUGUUGAAUCAAAAAUACUGGAUACUGUCUGGUCGCGCUGCAGUUCGACGUGUCAUUUUCUCGUGCGUUCCGUGCACACGCCAUAAGGCUGUCCGCCCUCAACCGUUGAUGGCUGAUCUACCAUCUUACCGGGUUCAACCUCAUCGUCCGUUUUCCCACGUCGGUAUGGACUACGGAGGGCCGUUCCUCGUUAAGGAACACCGUCGUCGGAAUGCACAUUCGGUCAAGGUCUACCUCGCCUUAUUUAUUUGUAUGUCCGUCAAGGCGGUCCACCUCGAAAUCGUGUCCGAUCUCAGCACUGACGCCUUCCUCGCGGCUUUGGACCGGUUCGUCGCCCGCCGUGGGAUUCCGUCCAACCUCUACUCGGACUGUGGCACAAAUUACGUCGGCGCCGCCCGUCAAUUAAAAUUGUUAUUUCGCGACGCCAAGGCCCAAGACCGUCUCUCGACGCACCUCAACUGCACAUGGCAUUUCAACCCGCCUGCUGCGCCGCCUUUCGGUGGCAUUUGGGAAGCCGGCAUCAAGAGCGUCAAAUUUCACCUCAAACAUGUCAUCGGUCAGCAGGUGUUGACAUACGAAGAAUUCUAUACGUUGACCACUCGCAUCGAGGGCAUUCUGAAUUCCCGACCGAUUACACCGAGUUCAUCCGACCCGCACGACCUAAAUGCGUUGACGCCGGGACAUUUUUUGAUCGGACAGCCGAUCCACGCCGUGCCUGAACCUGACACCACCGAAGUCAAAAUCAACCGUUUGAAUCGUUGGCAGCUCAUUCGGCAAUGUCAUCAGUCCUAUUGGAAACGGUGGUCACGCGAAUACCUAUCCACGCUGCAAGGUCGACAAAAAUGGUGUAAAGCGUCCCCGAACCUCGCCGUCGGCGACAUGGUCAUCGUCGAAGCCCCGUCUCGACCACCUACCGAGUGGCGUCUCGGCCGCGUCACAGAGGUCCAUCCAGGACCAGAUGAUGUCGUUCGUGUCGUGUCCGUGCGCACUCAGGACGGUAUCUACAAGCGCCCGGUCGUGAAACUCGUGCGUUUACCGGUCGAGCCCUGA